UUUAUGGAACAGCUGUUACGUCCAAUUCCCAAGUCAGCUGUCCAAAACUAUUUUAUUCUAGGGAUGGCACCGAACCUCGAUAUCGAUAACCACCUGUCGCCCUUUGUUUACUUGUUUUCGUUCUGGCCAAAUAGAAAGUUGGCUUAAAAGCUCGUCAUGGCCCAGAUUAGUAGAUAACCGCAGUUGAAACCAUGAAUCUGAGUGUCCGAGCAAUUUUGGCCAUAGGAGGGGUUUUUCUGGGAUGCUGCAGUGGCGUCGUCUUCCUGGAAAUGCUGGUAAAGCUGGAUCCCGGUGCUGGAAACCUGGUAACCGCGGCCCAGUUUGCUUUUAUUGCCCUGGAGGGCUUUGUAUUUACCUCGAAAUUCGGUUUGGCCAAGCGAGUCAUCAGCUUGAAGGACUAUGGACUGUUGGUGCUGAUGUUCUUCAUUACAAGUGUGUGCAACAAUUACGUUUUUGAGUUCAACGUUCCCAUGACGCUGCAUAUGAUUAUUCGGGGAGGCUCCCUGAUAUCUAACAUGUGCCUGGGAACGCUGAUUCUGAAGCGGAGCUACAGGAUCAGCCAGUACAUAGCAGUGGUCAUGAUCAGCGUUGGAAUUUUCAUCUGCACCUACUUCUCAAGCCGGGAUGUGGCUGGGAAGAGGGAGCAUGCAACGGAGGCGGACUUAUUUUGGUGGCUAGUGGGUGUGGUUCUCUUGGUCGUUGCCCUAUUCAUUUCCUCUUACAUGGGCAUCACCCAGGAGCUGCUAUACCGGAAGCAUGGGAAGUGUGCCAGGGAGGCUUUGUACUACACCCAUCUGCUGCCGCUUCCUGCCUUUUUGCUGAUGCACGAGAAUAUUCGGACGCACUGGCUCCUGGCUUUCGAGAAGGAAUCUUUUCGAUUGCCUGUAUUGGAUCUCGCUGUGCCCCUCAUCAUAGUAUUUUUAGUGGGGAACGUUCUGGCCCAGCACUUGUGCAUCAGCUCCGUGUACACACUGACCACCGAGUGCACUUCCCUCACGGUCACCCUCAUUCUGACCCUUCGGAAGUUCAUCUCGCUGGUGUUUUCCAUAGUUUACUUCAGAAAUCCCUUUACCUUGUACCACUGGCUCGGCACCUUUUUGGUUUUUAUAGGAACGCUUAUGUUUGCGAAUGUGAUUAGAUUACCCCAAAGGGUAAGAAAGGACGACAAACAGGAAUAGACUAGACUGGGAACUUUUUUAAACGUUUUUAAGAAAUUUU